AUCAGAUAGAUGAGGAACAAUCACUGAUAGUAUCAUUAGGAUCUGUACAUUAUCUGCAUUGUUACCUUUUUGAAGUCCUUUUUAUUCUAUGUUCAGAGUGGAAACCUCGGGGAUAAUAAUAUUACUGUUAAAGAAGAGUAUAAAGAGGAGGAUGACGAGUAUGGAGUUAUGCUGGCGUUUUCAGAAGGACACAAGGAUAUGAUGGAGCCACCUAAUACCAGGAACCCACCAGAGAGAUGUCCCCGUCCUCUGUAUUCCCGGGAUUCCACACAGGGUGAAGAUCUGAUGAAUAAAGUUAAGGUGAAAGAAGAGAAGAUGUAUGUGAGGGAUGAUCAGCAGUCUAUGGAGGAGGAUGGAAUAAUAAGACUAAUUAUAGAGGACGACACUUCUACAGAGAUCGGCACAGUGUCUAAGGUGUUGGACGUGAGGAAGAUGUGCUGAAGAAAGCCCUAUGAGGGUAGAGAGCUACACUGUGGGUCUAUCCACUCUUAAUUAUAUUACGCCAAAACUGGAUGGUAUUCGGACCUCAUGGACGAGGUGUCGCCUGUAAUGUCUCUCUCUGGAGGACUGGGCUCUGGGGACUUUCCCUCUAUAUGCUAAAAGUCCUGGUAAGAGUCUUUUACAAGGCCCAGGGAAGAGGUCUCGUUUAUGUAGGAACCCAUACCUCUGAAAGUAGGCACGCAGACCCCGCCGAGAUGAUUUGGUAUCUGCCUGGCAGAGAACCUGCGGCGGGGACAAGGCGAGUUAGGAAAAAGUCCUAGGUUUUAAACUUGGUGACUUUUCCUAUUUUAGAGUGGGUGUAAUUUUUUUAAGGCGCCACUGGAGGGAGUAAAGAGCUGAGUUUUCACUCACCAAGCUCCAAAGCAGUGUCAGUCCAAACGACAAGCGCACUCCUUUCGCUGCAAGCUCUGCAUUGCCCUCCUCCCUCUUCCACAGAAAGCUGAAGGAUCUCCAAACACAGGAGAACGACAUGAACCGCACAGGGGUGCAGAGGAUGCCCCUAGCCCGCACAGGCACGGGGGCGCGAUUCGUGACGAUCUCAGUGGGAGGGGGGCGGGCCUAAAUAGGGGCACGCUUUUAAUGGCAGUCAGACAGGAAGGAACAAACCUCACAUGUUUGGAGCUUCCCUACAACAGACACAGCAGUGUUUAAGGGCACGUAAGAUCUCCAUGUGGUUGGCUGAGCACUCCCAAAGGAUAAGACACUCACUGUGUGUUAUUAGUUGCAUACUUAUAUGUAGAUUGCUAAACUAGCACAGUAGCGUAUGCAUUUGUUAGCUUUGCUUAGCAUUAUGUCUUCCCAAAGAAAAUGCUCUGGGAGAAGCAAAAAAGCAUCGCUGCCAAAGACAGGAGGCUUCUCGGUACCCUCAUCUCCUGUAAUACCUGAAGUAUUUAUACAGGAUGAGCCAUUACCUCUAUCACGAGUUGCAGCCUCUCCUGUGGUGUCGGGGCCUGCAUAUGUCACCGAAGACACUUUGGCAACAGCCCUAAACAAUUUAAAAGGGAGAAUCACUGCGUUAAUCGCAAAGUCCUCAGAAAAGGACAAAAAGCGAAGCAGAUGGCCUCCUGUUGUUUUAGAUCUCCUUGCAGAAAGCUCUGAGGAGGAUGAGGCCCCAUCAGGGGUUGAGGACUUGGAGGGAUCCGAGCUAUCAGAUGAACCCUUUUCUGCAUCUCGGAUGCUAAAAUUACAGGUGCAAUAUUAUACUGAACCAGUGCGCUCCACAUUCAGAUUACCCUCUAAGGAGUUAACUGAAUCACCUGUCUCCUCUCUGGGCUCGUUAAAAUCCCCACAGGCUGCUGGUGCCUUUCAUCCUUUAUUGAAUAUGAUAAUAUGAUUUACGCAGACUGGAAAAACCCAGAUUAUCGGUUUUGCUCCUCCUAGGAAGUUUGAAGUGCUUUAUCCUAUGGAGGAGAAGUUUACCAAGAAAUGUAGUCUGCCUUCUGUGGAUGCAGCGGUUUCUUCUGUAAACAAAAGCCUAACUUGUCCAGUGGACAAUGCCCAGGGAUUUAAAGAUUCUUCUGAAAAAAGGUUGGAAUAUUUACGAAGAUCAUCCUUCCUCCUAGCAGGUGCAGUAACCCAACUUGCUGUAGCAGUAGUGGGUAUGUGCCAGGUCUAACGGUGGAUGAAAGUUCUGACUGCUGAACAGAUCAAAUUUUGGGAGAAUAUGCCCAGGGCCUUAUGUUUUACAGUGGAUGCCAUUAGAGAUUCUGUUUCAAUGGUUUUUAUUAGUUUUUCAAGUAAAGAAUAUAUGUGCCAACAAAGAGAGCAGCGAACAAUCCUCGCAUACUCUGAACAUAUUAAGUCGUAAAAAAAAAGGGAAAACAAGCAAAGAAUUUUUUUUUUUUUAAAUAAACAAACAUAACAUAAUAAAAGUAAAAAGUGAAAUGAUACUGGUUAACAGAGGAGAAGGCAUCCAAGCAUGGAAGCAAUGCAACAAAUGAUUGCUAUGCUAAAUAUAAAACCAAUAUGGACCCAACUCGUGGGAUGGAUCCUGAAUUGCGGCCCCUCUACAUAAUAUAUCUAAUGCUGGAGGCCAAUCCGUGACCAAUAUCGAGAUAUUGAAGUUCCUCGGAACCUAGCAAUGUCCAAAACGAAAAACUCUCCAACAGGCAACACAUUUUACAGAUAGUUAAGAUAACUAGUAGGAUUCCGGUUCGAGCAAUCUCACAGCGAGAGGAUCUGGGCAGCUCGAAAUCAUAACAAGUAAGAUACUUUCAACAUUUAUUAAACCUAAAUGUCCCUGAUAGGGGAGCGCUUAGUCAACAACAUUACAGAAGAGGUCCAGGUUAACCAGAAAAAAAAAAAAGAGGGGGGGGGGGAAAUUCAGGGAAUCGCCAUUAGAGAUUCUAUCCAACAGGCAUCCCGCCACACGCUGCAGCUGGUGCUUAUGCGCAGUAUUCUUUGGCUAAAGCAUUGGCCAGCAGAAGCUCCAUGCAAGAAGCUUUUGGCCAGCUUUCCCUUCAUUGGCGAACACCUCUUUGGGGAAGAUUUGGAAAAAUAUAUCCAAAAGAUAUCGAGCGGUAAAACUACCCUUUUACCAGAGAAGAAGAAAAACAAGCGUCCUUGUUUUAAGCGUUCUCUCUCCCCGACUCCUGGUAGAUCUAGCUCCAGCCAGUGGCGAAAGCAUUUUCAGCCAGCCACAAAAGCUAAGGAAGACCAAGCCCAGAAAAACAAGAAGCAAUGGAGUUCAAAGGCUAACAAGCAAAACCCCAAAGCCUCUUCACAAAGAGGCGCCCCAGCUUGGCCGAGUGGGGGUACGACUUUGGCAGUUUUCAGCAGCAUGGCAGACAGAAAUCCAGGACAAGCGGGUAGUAUCCACAGUAUCCCUAGGAUACAAACUGGAAUUUCGAGAAAUCCCAUCUUCUCAAUUCCGAAGCUCAAGACUCUCCAAAGAUCCACUAAAAAGAAUGUCCUUCUUCAAAGGAUUGGAUCACUUGCUGUCCCAAGGGGUGAUCACAGAAGUACCCCUAAAGGAGCAAGGUUCAGGUUUUUAUUCAAAUCUUUGCGAUUCCAAAACUAAAUGGAGACGUCAGACCCAUCCUGGAUCUAAGAUCUCUAAAUCAGUUUCUGAACAUUCGCCAUUUCCGAAUGGAAACUAUUCAAUCAGUGGUCGCCUCUCUACAAGGCAGAGAAUUUGGGGCAUCGAUGGACAUCAAGGACGCAUAUUUACAUGUGCCUAUCCAUCCCGCGCACCAAAGAUUUUUAAGGUUUGCGGUAGAACAUUGCCACUUUCAGUUUGUGGCUCUGCCAUUUGGGGGGCUACCGUCCCCCGGGUAUUUACAAAGGUACUAGCCCCUCUGUUGGCAAAUCUGAGGCUACAGGGCAUAGCAGUGAAGGCCUAUCUAGACGAUCUACCUGGAGCAUUUAGGAUGGAUUGUAAACCUACACAAAUCCUCUCUACCAGCCCUAAGAAGGGUAGAGUAUUUGGGCAUGAUCAUGGACACAGCCCACGGCAGGGUUUUUCCUGCCAGAACCAAAGAUCAAGUUGCUAAAGGACCUGAUCCACAAGGUCAAGGCAAAGAAAAAGCCGUCUAUUCGCCUUUGCAUUGGGGUACUAGGGAAGAUGGUGGCCUCCUUCGAGGCUAUCCCUUACGCCCAGUUUCACUCGAGACUACUAGAGGCAGUAUCUACAAGGCAGUAUCUUAGCUGCCUGGAACAGGAAGAUCCAAGCUCUGGAUCUACCCAUGCGCCAGACUCCACAAGUGCGCCAAAGCUUCAGUUGGUGGUUAAGAACCAAGAACUUGCAGGAAAGAAAAAUCAAUUCUCCCAGUCAUCUGGAAGGUGAUGUCUACAGAUGCCAGUCUAAGGGGCUGGGGAGCGGUGUUAGAAGAAGCUUCAGCCCAGGGAACCUGGGCCAAGACCGAAAGGAACCUGCCCAUCAAUAUACUGGAGAUGAGGGCAGUAUACUUAGCCCUCAGAACCUGGACACACAGGUUACAGGGCCACCCGGUGCGGAUUCAAUCCGACAAUGCUACUGCAGUAGCUUACAUCAAUCACCAGGGAGGCACCCGCAGUUAAGGCACCCAGAAAGAGGUGAAUCGGCUUUUGCCAUGGGCAGAACAUGUUCCUUGUCUCUCUGCAAUCUUCAUUCCGGGGGUAGAAAACUGGCGAGCGGACUAUCUGAGUCGCCAGCAACUACUACCAGGAGAGUGGUCUCUCCAACCCGAUAUGUUUCAGGCCAUGUGCCAGAGAUGGGGACCCCCGGAUGUAGACCUGCUAGCUUCCAGGUUCAACAAGAAGUUGGACAACUUUGUGUCCAGGACGAGAGAUCCUCUGGCCUACGGAUCGGAUGCUCUAAUAAUUCCGCGGAAUCAGUUUUCACUGAUCUAUGCAUUUCCGCCAAUCGCUCUCUUACAAAGGCUACUUUGCAGGAUCAAGAAGGAAAGAAUUCCAGUAAUCCUAGUAGCCCCAAAUUGGCCCAGAAGGCCUUGGUACACCGAAAUCAUAAAGAUGGCAGUGGGAAAACCUUGGAGGCUUCUGCUUCGUCACGACCUGAUGUCGCAAGAUCCAGUGUUCCAUCCUUCCUUACAAAAGCAAAAUUUGACGGCUUGGCUACCGAGACCCACAUUCUGAAGAAACAAGGGAUCUCGGGUCCAGUACUAUCUACACUUAUUAAUGCCAGUAUUUGUCAGUGUUGCAGAAGCAACCUUUUGAUCCUAUUCGCCAUAUUCCGCUGAUUCUUUUAAGCAGGAAAUUGGCCUUUUUGAUUGCUAUCUCUUCGGCUAGAAGAGUAUCUGAAUUAGCAGCGCUUUCUUAUAAAAAGCCUUAUUUAAUUUGUCACACGGACAAGAUUGUUCUACGACCUCAUCCAACCUUUUUACCAAAGGUGGUGUUGACAUUUCAUUUGAAUCAAGAUAUUAUUUUGCCUACCUUUUUUUUGAAUACGCAGAUAGCGGAAGAAAAGUUAUUGCACUUUCUAGAUGUAGUGAGAGCAGUAAAGGUGUAUCUGCAGGCAACCGCUCAGAUACGUAAAACUGAUGUUUUGUUUAUUUU